AUGUCACAGCAAAUACCAUUAAAUGCAUCUACAACAAAGUCUUCAGCUAAACAACCUGAAUGGUAUCAACCAAAAGAUUUAUCAUCAACUAAACCGAAAUUGAAAAUUUAUAAUUCAUUAACACGUACAAAAGAAGAAUUUAUACCGAUCAAACCGAAUCAUAUAACAUGGUACAGUUGUGGACCCACUGUAUAUGACCAUUCUCACAUGGGACAUGCCAGAAAUUAUGUGUCAACAGAUAUAUCAAGAAGAAUUUUGCAAGAUUAUUUUGGGUACAAUAUUAAAUUCAUUCAAAAUGUCACAGAUAUAGAUGAUAAAAUUAUUAUAGCGGCACGUCAACAAUAUUUAUUUGAUGAAAAGAUCGUAAAACAUUAUAAAGAAAUUACUGAUGAAUUGAGAAACAAGUCUAAAGAAUUUUUAGCAUUUUAUCUUUCAAAAAAUUUACCCGAGUUUACUGGAAAACCCGAAGAAUUCAGCAAUUGGUCGAAAACAGUCGAUGUUGAUUCAAUUAAAAAUGAAAAACCAAAAUUUCCAAUGUAUUUAAAAGCAGCCACGAAAGCUGAUGAAGCUAUUAGUGAUAAAUCAAUAUCCUUUGAAGAAUUUUUAUCUAAGAUCAAAGACGUUGCUGUUGUAAGUUUGGAUAAUGAAUUUGGAGCUUCGGUAACAGAUCCUAAGAUUUUCAAAAAAUUACCAGCAUAUUGGGAAAAUAGAUAUAAUGAAGAUAUGUUAAAAUUAAAUGUAUUGCCCCCAACCUUUACAACUAGAGUAUCUGAAUAUAUACCUGAUAUUAUUGAUUAUGUUGAAAAAAUAAUUUCAAACGGAUAUGCAUAUAAAACCGAAGAUGGUUCGGUAUAUUUCGAUACCAUCAAAUAUGAAAAUUCCAAACAUGUCUAUGCCAAACUACAACCAUGGAACAAGGGUGAUAUGAGUUUAAUAAAUGAUGGUGAAGGUUCAUUAAGUACUGGUACGUCAAAACGUAAUGCCAGUGAUUUUGCAUUAUGGAAAGCUUCCAAACCAGGUGAACCAGCUUGGGAUUCAGUUUGGGGCAAAGGUAGACCAGGUUGGCAUAUUGAAUGUUCGGUCAUGGCUUCAGAUUUAGCUGGAUCACAGAUGGAUAUUCACAGUGGUGGUAUAGAUUUAUGUUUCCCACAUCAUGAUAAUGAAUUAGCACAAUCUGAAGCAUAUUUUGAUAAUAAUCAAUGGGUCAACUAUUUCAUGCACAAUGGUCAUUUACACAUUCAGGGCCAAAAGAUGUCGAAAUCUUUAAAAAAUUUUAUUACAAUCGAUGAAGCUUUAAAAAAUUAUUCAUCAAGACAAUUGAGAUUGGUGUUUGCAUUGAAUCAAUGGGAUAAACCUUUAGAUUUCAAAACCGAUUUAAUAAAUGAAGUAAACUCAAUUGAAUCAUCGUUCAACAAAUUUUUUACAACCAUACGAGCAUUAAAUAACGAAAAUAAACACAAAAUAGAAGAAGGAAAAUUUGUGUCUAAACGAGUGACCGAUUCUGAAAAGACACUAUAUGAACAACUAGAAAAGACACAAGAUGAAGUUGAUGAAGCAUUUAAUGAUAAUUUAUCAAGUGGACAAGCCAUCAGAACUUUGGUUAACUUAGUUAGUGUGUCCAACAAUUACAUACAAUCUGUGACUACUGGUAAAAUUGAAUUAAAAAUCGAAGUUUUAAUCCUGGUUGCAAAUUACAUUUCCAAAAUUCUUAAUAUUUUAGGGUUCACAAUUAGAAGUGAUAAAUUGGGCUGGGUUGAAGAUUCUUCUGGAAAUAAUGAAGCCUCAGAUGAAGAUAUUGCACUUCCAUACGUCAAAGUCUUAGCUCAAUUUAGAGACCAAGUCAGAAAUUUAGCUAUCAAUAAAGCUGAUUUAAAAGAUAUCUUAUCAGCCUCGGAUUUGGUCAGAUCACAACUUAUAAAUAUUGGAGUUUCGUUAGAUGAUAGACCAGAUGGAUCGGCUUUGAUUAAAUUUUUAAAUGAAACUGAAAAACAACAAUUAAUAGAUCAACAACAAGCAAAAAUUAAACAACAAGCAGAAAAGGAUGCCAGAAAGAAGGAAGCCGCUGCAUUGGAAGCUAAAAAAGAACAGGAAAAACUAGCUAAAAUGAAAAUCCCACCUUCAGAAAUAUUAAAAGAUGAUACAUUAUAUAAAAGUUAUGAUGAACAAGGUAUUCCCACAAUUGAUAUUAAUGGAGAAGAGAUUAGCAAAAGUAUGAGAAAAAAGUUGAUUAAGCAAUAUCAACAGCAAGUAAAACUUCAUAAUCAAUAUUUGAAUAAACUUGAUGGAGGUAAAUAA